UGUUAUGCAAUGCUUCAGUUCCCUUCGGUCGCCUCAUGGGUGCCCAGUGUUUUGUGAAUGGGAGCGAGAGGGAGGUGUCAGAGGAGGAGCUGGCCUCGGACAAUCAUGAGCUGACUGACGGAUUUCACUAAACCAAAAGACCAUUCACACAUUACAGAGCAAAACCUGAGAAUUUACAGAGGUCCUAAUGAAAGGUGAAAAAGAAAUCAUGACCAAGGGGGAGGCAUCAAACGGGCCGAGCCGGCCGCUGGAGAUCGUCCCGAAUACAGAAGAGAAGAUGACAGAGCGCGGUCAGUGGAGCAACAAACUUGAGUUUGUGUUGUCUGUGGCCGGAGAAAUCAUCGGACUGGGAAACGUCUGGCGUUUCCCGUAUCUCUGCUAUAAGAAUGGAGGAGGUGCAUUCUUCAUUCCCUACCUGAUCUUUCUGUUCUCCUGUGGUAUUCCUGUCUUUUUCUUGGAAGUCGCCUUGGGUCAGUACACCAGCCAGGGAGGAAUCACCUGCUGGAGGAAAAUCAGCCCACUGUUUGAAGGUAUCGGCUAUGCCACUCAGGUGAUUGUGGCCCUGUUGAACUUUUAUUAUAUAAUAGUUUUGGCAUGGGGAAUAUUUUACCUCUCAAAUUCCUUCACCUGGACUCUGCCGUGGUCUACCUGCAACAACACCUGGAACACCGCGUCCUGCAUGGAAUUCCAAAGACGAAAUGAUUCCAUUGACCAAAGUCAGAUGGAAAACGCAACCUCACCAGUCAUUGAAUUCUGGGAGCGGAGAGUUUUACGGAUCUCCUCUGGAAUCGACGAGAUCGGAACGCUGCAUUGGGAUCUGGCUCUGUGUCUUCUGUUGGCCUGGGUGCUCUGUUACUUCUGUAUCUGGAAGGGUGUCAAGUCCACUGGCAAAGUGGUUUACUUCACCGCAACCUUUCCGUAUGUGAUGCUGAUAAUUUUGCUGAUCCGAGGGGUCACGCUGCCCGGAGCUUCCCGCGGGAUCCAGUUCUACCUUUAUCCUGAUCUUGGACGAUUAGCGGAUCCACAGGUAUGGAUGGAUGCAGGUACACAGAUCUUCUUCUCAUACGCCAUCUGUCUGGGUUGUCUGACUGCACUCGGAAGCUACAACAAAUACAACAAUAACUGCUACAGAGAUUCUUUGGCUCUGUGUUGUCUGAACAGUGGAACGAGUUUUGUCGCUGGAUUUGCCAUCUUCUCGAUUCUCGGUUUCAUGUCUUACGAGCAAAACGUUCCCAUUUCAGAAGUGGCAGAGUCUGGUCCUGGUUUGGCAUUCAUUGCGUAUCCGCGUGCCGUGUCCAUGAUGCCCGUCUCUCCGCUGUGGGCCUGUUUCUUCUUCAUCAUGAUUGUUCUUUUGGGAUUAGACAGUCAGUUUGUGUGUGUGGAGAGCCUGGUGACAGCGAUGGUGGACAUGCAUCCAACUAUCUUUCGCCGUAAGAACCGCAGAGAGCUUCUCAUUCUCGUCGUGGCUGUUGUGUCCUUCCUCGUGGGUCUCAUUAUGCUUACAGAGGGUGGGAUGUAUGUCUUCCAGCUGUUUGACUACUAUGCAGCGAGUGGAAUGUGUUUGCUCUUUGUUGCUAUUUUUGAGACGGUCGUCAUUGCCUGGAUUUACGGUGCUAAUCGAUUCUACGACAAUAUUGAGGAUAUGAUUGGAUAUCGUCCUGGGCCUUAUAUUAAAUACUGCUGGAUGUUUUUUACUCCAGCCACAUGUUUUGGUACGUUUGCGUUCUCUCUGAUCAAAUACACACCUCUGAAGUAUAAUAAUGAAUAUGUGUACCCGUGGUGGGGUUACACGCUGGGUUGGCUGCUGGCUCUGUCCUCCAUGGUUUGUAUCCCUCUGUGGGUUGUUUCUAAACUCAGCACGUCCAAAGGUUCGCUCAAAGAGCGUUUUCAUGAGCUCACCACUCCAUCUCCAGACCUGCCCAGGACCAGACGAGAUCAAGAAAAACUUCAGGCCAUUUUUGUGGCCGAUGGCGACAAUCUUCGGCAAAGAGGCGUCCCGAACAAAGACGGCUACUUCCCUGUCAGCGAGAAAGAGUCGAACUGUUAGCCGCCCUAAAGGAACCGGAGCUGUGAGAGGAUCUUCUGUUAAACCUUUCCAUGAUACCUCACAAUACUGGUAGCCAAAUUACCCGGAAGACCUUUGCAAUGACGCAACUGAUGUCUCGAGUGUUUGCUGUCACAGGCCAGAGUUUGUGAACGUUUAUUAUCUCUAAAAUCCAGCCGAUCUGAUCAAACUGUGAAAUAUUUUUACUUUCAGUGAAACAGAGAAAGCACCUGAUAAAGAUCUAAUAGUCAUUUAUUUUAACACAAAUGUGUCUUUAUAAACAUUUUUAAGUUUUAGGUUGAGCCAAAUGUACUUCUUAAAAUCUUUUCCAUAUGUGCUUUGGCCUUUGGAUUGGAUUUAGUUCAAGGGUUGAAGGUUGUACUCCAAGCAUUUUAAAACUGUUUUUUUUAACCUCUUUAUCUCUCCGUUCAGACUCUUUGCCCAGCCGAUGGCAGAGAGGAACAGAAUCGAAACUGUAGAUGUUAAAAAUAGAAACUGUUGUUUCGGUUCAAACAAUCAAUACAUCUGCUUUCUAAGGAAGCAAAUUAGAGUUUUUGAAUCCAUGCAGAUAUGCAUCAUUAAUACAUUAAGUGACAUUAAAUGUGAAAUACUUUAUUAUAGGCUAUAGUCUUUCAGACAAUAUUAAAACAAUGUACAGUAUAAAUAUUAAUGGAAAUCAGUAGUAAUUUUAUGGUACUGUGAGGUAAAGUGAAAUUAUUUACAAGGGUCAAUUAAUCUGCACAUAAAAAUGUUUCAGGAUGAAUCUGACAUAUUUGGUCAAUCAAAUCCUAUUACAUGAUUUUGUAUCUUUAUUCUCUCAUAUGAAUGUUUGAAAGCACUGUUUAACAAUAUAGAGUUGAUCGGAAACAAUCACAUUACAUAUUGAAGAUCAAAUGAUUAUUUCAACUUUAAAUUCACUGUGUUUUUAUGACUUCUUUGAUGUGGGUAACCUGACCACCACCUAUCUUAAUGUAUAUAUCAUGUACAGAACAGCUAUGUUUAAUUUUUACAACAUUGUACAAAAUGUGUUUGAUUUCCAGAUAUAUUACUCAUGUAUGGACAUUACAUCAAUAAAAGAACAAAAACUA